AGGUGGUAAAUUUUUUCAAGUUUUCUUGUUGCUUUAUUUGGGUCAAUGUCCACGUCAUCGAUGUAGGAUGGUUGCUGAUUUGAGAUGGAAAUGGGUGUUUAGAAGUACUGACAAUCAACUAUAAAGCGCGUUGAUUGAAUUCUCCUUUUCGAAUCGACUCGAGUAGAAGUUAAUCAUAUUCCCGCAGCAUAGAAACUUCAUCAACCACUCCGUUUUUUGAAAUUUCUUCGACAUAAUUGCUUCAUCCUCACUCAAAGAACACCAUGGGGAAGAAAAAAUCGAGCAAGAAAACGCAGAAUUGCGGCGAGGUGGAGAUGGCCGAGAUGAGCGGUGCUAUGUCCAAGCAAGGCGGAAACAACUCGAAAACGCCCAAUAAGAAGACCUCCAAGAUCAGUCCAGGCGGUGGCGGAAAGAACAACGGUAGUAAUUCUCCUGGUGGGGGCAAGAACAGCAACAAAAAGAAUAACAAACAGGACAUGGAUAAGCCUCGCCUCCUACCGAACGGGGAAGUCGACUAUUUCUCACACCUCUGUUGCGAGGAGAUGAUCAAGGAUAUCGUAGCCGACUCUCCAGAGAUCAACCGGACGUUAGCCUUGUAUUGCAAGCCGGAUUGCCACAAGGUCAUUUGCGACAUUCUCCAAGACCUCCUCAUCGACGUCGGCUUCGAAGAGUGCUGCUACUGGCUGGACGUGCGGCUCUACUGCUCUAUAGUCGCCUGUGCUAUGGGCGUGUACACGAUCGCGCGGUUGCGCUUCCCAGCCGACUACGACGCACUGCUCUACAUGGUCUUAGCUUACGCAGCAGUCGCAUCUUUUGUUACGGCAUCAACACAACUUCUUUACUAGAUCUAGAAUUUCUGCUUCCAGUUUAAGUUGUUGCAGUGAGAUCAUUCAUAGACAUGAUUUUGAUAUUGAAUUCAAACGAAUGAAAAUAUGUCGAGAUCAUGCAUGCAACCUACAAAUACUCACAUAAUUAGAAUCUCCAUACUCCGUAUCGGGUACUCUCGUUGAUUCCGAUAGUCUUUCGCUUCUCAUGAGGCGUUUCUAAUUUCGUCACGUGGAUCGAUCUGGUUGCGUUGGGCCCGACCUCCGUAAUUAAUUUUAUCGAUGUGAGAGGAGGGACUCUCAAUCUCUGCGUGACGAUGGAAGACGACAACAGCGAUGUUAUUCUUGAGGUCAAAGCUAUGGCUUCGGUGUUCUGAUUUCUGUUUCUCAUACGUAACUCCUUCGAUUUCUUUUCACUUCGUUUCUCAAAGACAUGAUUCAUGUUCAACGACCCUAUUCUUUAGCUUUACGGUACGCUAUCUUCUCUAGAUGCAAUAGAACAUCUUUAGAAAUAGUACAAGAGCUACGAAAAACUAGAAAUGUAGUACUGCAUGCUCAUACUUUGACUAUACUACAUCAAAAGUAGCUACAUAGACUGAUUUCGACGAGGUUUGGGAAAGAGGUUCUUGAGAAAGUCGCCUCUUCUAACAACAGUGCGGGACAUCCUGGCGAUACUCUUCCAGGCGAAACUGAACCAAGCGGAGUGACCGUUACGCGGCAUGAUCUAUCGCGGUAUUUCGACACCGAAGGAUAUGUGGUAAUAGAAAAUUUAUUCAACGACGUAUGCGGAACAAUCGAGCGGCACUGCGGUCAUCUGCCUAUCAACCAGCACUUGGACGAAGACCAAAGUGACGACGAGUUUGCGGAAGAGGAUAAAAAAAGGAAAUAGGUCUGUACAAAAAGAAAAAUGAUAAACUCCAGCAUCCUAUCAAUCAAGUUUGAGUAGACUCGCUUGUGCUCCUUAUACUUGCAGGGCACGAUGAUAAGAAAAUUUCGAAAUGAUCUCUUUUCUAUGUCAAGAACGAAAACAUUAUGCAUGUGCAAGUUUGAAGCAGGGAUGAAGAUACGAGGCUUAGCCCACCCAGAUUUACAAGCUGUUGGAGUUUAUCAGAAUUUUGUGCUCUUUUCAUUUUGGUCAUACUAGAAACCCGAAGCUGUCAAACGGUCGCUUUUGUGGUGUUGUACCUUUUUCCCGUCGCUUAUGUGGGUAACAUCAACUAGUACCAAGUAUAAUGAUUUAGAUAGAUCGACAUAUCGCUUUGACUUAUGUCGUGAUUUUAUGAACCCAUUACCGCUAGGCAGAACUGUCACAUCAUAGCUCGUCCAGGAUCAUAUUCCUGUUGACGACAACAUGGCUGCUUCAUGCUACUCAACAUACGAAAGACCCCCUCCGCCCACAUUGGUUCGUUCGUGUUGAUGAAUCUAUCCCCAGUCAUCAACGAAACAAAGUGUCCCUCCUACCUUGUGGACAACCAACAUUUGAGUAUUCUCAUUUUACUCCUUUUCUCUCCUCACUGAUGUUGCAAGUUGUGACUUGUAU